AAGCUCCCACUACACACACCACUAGGUAACGUUAGUCCAUCACUCCUGUUUGGACCUGUUGCUAAAAUAAAAACGUGCCAACCAGUGAGCACCCUCCAGCUGCUUUUAUCUUUUACCUCGCCCAUCUUGAGUCAGCUGUGCCCUGCACCGACAGAUAAGUAUAUGAGAACAAUGAAACCUUAAUCAAAUAAGAAAUCAGCGCCUUCCGCCGCCUCAUCGGCAGUUUGAAAAACCAACCUGCGGAGCGAACCGGAGCAGCAGCCAGCCAUUCAGAGCCCUCUCGCCGCGGGAUGUGAGCGCUGAGAGCCCCUCUACAAUAACGGAUGACCGCUGUGACUUUGAGAGGACCCGACGGAGACAGAAGGCUGCUGAACCGUUAGAGAAGCGCCUUUUUCCUUCAUUCAGCGGUUUUGGGAAGUGAACCUGUAGCGUUUCUACGAACAGCCUUGAAGGAAGUUGGAAGCUAGCGCGAAUCAAAGUUCAUGUCAGCGAGGCGUUAGCUACGUGUGUGGGAUUCAUCACAGUCCUCAACCGUGUAUAAAUACUGCCGGUUAGUUUUACUACUAACCUGUUAGUUAAUUAAGAGGUCGUGGUUCAGAAAUAACGCUUAAACAGGUGUUGGGAGUAUUUUAGUAUUUUUUUAAUGGAAGCAUCGGCAGUCUUGGGCGUGUCAGUGAGCAGCCGUCCUCGGCUUUGUUUCUUUGGUCUGUGCCAUCCGUCUCAUCAUGGACAGCCUGCUGAGCGGGGCCAGUAAAGGGGCCAGUGUCAGUCAGCGCAGACCUCAUCACAUCAUAGAUGCCACUCGCUGCCUUUACCCCUGUAUGACUGACUGUAACGGAAACAAUAAAGCAUACAUUCUUAGCUUGAACAAAAUAGCCAUGCAUCAGCUGCUGUCUCUCAGUGUCUUUUGGCUGCUGCCCUUGGCCUUGACGCUGGAAGAAGACUCACCACUGGACUGCUUCCCCCGUAGAUCUGUGCUCUAUCAUAGGGACAACGCUCACAUGUUUCGUGAGGAGGGAGUGUUCAACUAUUCCACUAUGCUAUUGAGAGAAGAUCUGGACCUGCUAGUGUUGGGUGCCAGGGAGGCAGUGUACGCUCUUGACCUCAACAACAUCUCCAAGAAACUUGCUUCAGCUAAAUGGGAAGUGACACAACAGCAGAAAGUUGCGUGUAAAAACAAAGGAAAAGAUCCCGAGAUGGAGUGCAAGAACUACAUCAGGAUCCUGCAUAAGACAGAGGAUAACCGGAUGUAUGUGUGUGGAACCAAUGCUUUUGAUCCUGAGUGUGAUUACAUGUCUUAUACAGAUGGAAAUCUGACUCUUGAGAAGAAACGAGAGGAUGGCAAAGGGAAGUGUCCGUUUGAUCCUUUCCAGAGAUAUGCCUCCAUCAUGUUUGAAAACAAGCUGUACUCAGCCACUUCAAUGAACUUCCUUGGCUCUGAACCCGUCCUGAUGCGCAGCUCUCCUGUCUCCAUACGCACAGAGUUCAAGAGCUCCUGGCUUCAUGAGCCCAACUUUGUUUCCAUGGUUCAGAUGCCAGAGAGUAAGAUGAGUGCGGAGGGAGAUGAUGACAAGGUUUAUCUGUUCUUCAGUGAGACCGCUGUGGAGUGCGACUGCUACAACAAACUGGUGGUCUCCCGCGUGGCCCGCGUCUGCAAGGGGGAUCUUGGAGGUCAGAGAACCUUGCAGAAGAAAUGGACGUCCUUCCUGAAGGCCAGAAUGGACUGUCCAGUGCUUGAGUCUCAGAUGCCAUACAUUAUCCAGGACACUUACCGCUGGUGUGACCCCCAGCAGCGCUGGAAGGACUGUUUGUUCUUCGCCAUCUUCACACCACAGUCGGACACAUCAAACCUGUCUGCAGUGUGUGUGUACCGCGUGUCUGACAUCAGCAAAGUGUUUGCGGAGGGGAAGUACAAGACCCCAGUCCCCGUAGAAACCUCUUUUGUUAAGUGGGUGAUGUAUAGCGGAGAUGUCCCCGUCCCUCGGCCCGGAGCUUGUAUAGACAAUGCAGCUCGUAAAGCGGGCAUAACUCAGACUCUGGACCUCCCAGACCGGACCCUUCAAUUUAUCAAAGAUAAGCCCCUCAUGGACCAAGCUAUCCAGCCAAUAGGAGAGAAGCCUCUAUUGGUGCGAAGGGGAGCUACAUUCACACGCAUCAUAGUCAACCAAGUGCAGGCCGCAGAUGGCGAGAAGUACCACGUGAUGUUCAUAGGCACGGCGGAAGGCACAAUGCUGAAAGCAGUGAACUACGAUGGAGAGAUGUUCAUCAUAGAGGAAGUACAACUCUUCCAGCCUCCAGAGCCAAUCAAGACUCUGAAAUUCUCUAAUGCCACAGGUCAGCUCUAUGCAGGCUCAGACUACGGAGCCGCACAGAUACCACUGGCCACCUGUGGGAGGUCCUUAUCCUGUAUGGACUGUGUUCUAGCCAGAGACCCAUACUGUGGCUGGGACAAAGUUGUUGGGAAAUGUAUUGUCCUUUCUAAUUCACAAAGAGAACUAAUCCAAAGUGUGAAAGAAGGAAAUGCCUCUCUUUGCCCAGCUGCUGAUCCUGUUAAGCCUGUGGACCAGUCCAUCUGGCCCGGGGGCAACCUGAAGCUCCAUUGCCCUUCACCUUCCAACCUGGCAAAAACCAUCUGGGAGCGAAACGGCAGCCUUCUGGCCCCUUCCACUCGCCUUCAGCUUCUACGAGACGGACUGCUCAUCCUCAACGCCUCACACUCCGAAGCUGGUCGGUAUCACUGCCUGUCUGUGGAGCGCUCCAAAGCUGACAAGUACACAACCACUGUGGCUGUGUACCAGGUUAGCAUAGGCCCAGCAGGCUCUGGUGAUAGAAAUGUGAUUUUUCCCCAGGCUCAGAUGGAUGGCCCUUCUGUGGCUGGACUGCAGGCUGUAGUCGGGCUACUUGUAGUUUCUCUUCUUGCCCUUUUGGCCUGGAACUUUUACAAAGGCCACCUACCGCUGCCCUGGAACUGCGGGAAGAAGAAUAGAGAACAAUCCCAGGAGAUCCAUGAGCAGGUUGAACUGAACUCUAGCAGGACCUACCAAGACGCACUGAGGCCCGCACUGGCAGAGGACAAGCCCCUGGUGUCGCGAACAGACACGGGCAGCAGUAAUAACAACCACACCAGAGGGGCGGUGGCAGUCAAUGCUGCAGAGGAGGAGAAUGGUGCCCCAACAGUUACUCUUCCAUCUCUGCAGUAUAUUGAUGACGAGUCAGAAAUUUGAAAAUGACAAGGACAAUACGAUAUUCAGUUUCCCAUUCAGCACUUCCAGUUGGACAAAUGAAUAGGAGUGCCCCAAACUAUUUGUUUCUAGGCAGAACUACUGGAUUCAUCAGUUCAGCUGGAAUAUUUGAGAGCUAAAAUCUCAAUUUAUGGGGCAUUUACAAUAAAUUAGAGUAUGAAAACAUUCCGAGUGGCUGAAACGUUGUUUUCAGAGACUAUAAACUGUUGAGACUGAACACACCAAAAGAUUCCAUGAGGUUUUUUGUAUGAGAGACACUUGAAUCUCUGCUUUACUUUUUAUUGUUUUAAUACAAUGGUGUGUACAUUUUAAAUGUAUGUUUAAGUUUCAUACUAAUUAUUGUAAAUCCCAUUUUAGACUGAAAAAUCUUGUAAAGAUGAUUUUCACAGGGAAUAUACAAUAACUGAAAUUGAGCCAUUUUAACUUCUAACCACUAGCUAGCAAAGAUUGUUUUAUUGUAUUAAACCUUUUUCUACCUGA